GUCAAUAAAAAUCAAAAAUUCGAAUGUAAGAAAUAUAGGAAUAUUGGCACAAAACCAAGCAAAAAUGUGCGAUAUUUAGGAUCAAAAUUCAUAUUUGGCAUGCAUUUAAUUAAAUUUCAGGUAUUCACUAAAUUUAAAACCAUCCGCCUUUUAGAAUUAAAUGGGCGGUUGGUAAUAAAAUCGCACAAACUUCAUGGAACAUUGCCAUACCAUAAAUACUUAACUGGAAACACAAGCCACGGUGUCCUUUUAAAGCCAAAGUUUACCCUUAUUAGAACUGAUCACUCAUGGAUACGAACUUACACAGGACAUAGCACUUUCUUGACCUAUGGAAUAUUCAAUCUGUAAUUUUUACCAGCUUUAUGGAAUUUAUCUAAAUUGAUUUCAUCUUCAGAAAACAAACUCAAUUUCUGAUAAACACCAAAAACCAGGAAAUAUAUCAGUUAAGAAGGUGCCACAGUGAAAACUGCAAAAAUAACUCUGAUAAUGACAAACCCAUGGCCAAUUGUGUUAAGAAUCUUAGCCUAUAUAAUAUGGCAUAUAUCCAUCCAGACAUUAUUAAGGAUCUUAAGAAAUGUAGAGGAGUUAACAAGAGAAAAUGCGGUGAAACACCUGAAGAGUUGAGAAAAUGUUUGAAAACCAUGCAGGACAUUGUUGAUUUUGUGCAUCCCAUAAUUCCUUAUAAGGACAAGGGCCUGGCCGUCUUCACCAGCGGCGGGGAUUCCCAGGGCAUGAAUGCAGCAGUUCGCGCCUGUGUCCGUAUGGCCAUUUACCUGGGAUGUAAGGUGUACUUCAUCCGCGAGGGCUACCAGGGCAUGGUGGAUGGCGGCGACUGCAUCCAGGAGGCCAACUGGGCCUCUGUGUCGUCCAUCAUCCAUCGCGGUGGCACCAUCAUUGGCUCUGCUCGCUGCCAGGACUUCCGUGAGCGUCAGGGACGCCUCAAGGCCGCCAAUAAUCUGAUCCAGAGGGGCAUCACCAAUCUGGUGGUGAUCGGAGGCGAUGGCUCCCUGACCGGCGCCAAUCUGUUCCGUCAGGAGUGGUCCAGUCUGCUGGAGGAGCUGGUGAAGAACAAGACCAUUACCACCGAGCAGCAGGAGAAGUUUAAUGUCCUGCACAUUGUGGGAUUGGUGGGUUCCAUUGACAACGAUUUCUGUGGCACGGACAUGACCAUCGGCACGGACACGGCCCUGCAUCGCAUCAUUGAGGCAAUUGAUGCCAUUUCCAGUACGGCGUACUCACAUCAGCGCACCUUCAUCAUGGAGGUCAUGGGUCGUCAUUGCGGCUAUUUAGCUCUUGUGGGCGGACUGGCGUGCGAGGCGGAUUUCAUAUUCAUUCCCGAAAUGCCGCCCAAGGUCGACUGGCCAGACAGGCUCUGCUCCCAGCUGGCCCAGGAACGCUCGGCUGGCCAGCGUCUAAACAUUGUGAUUGUGGCCGAGGGAGCCAUGGAUCGUGAAGGACAUCCCAUUACCGCCGAGGAUGUGAAGAAGGUGAUUGAUGAGCGUCUCAAGCAUGAUGCCCGUAUCACGGUCUUGGGUCAUGUGCAACGUGGUGGAAAUCCCAGUGCUUUUGAUCGUAUUUUGGCCUGUCGCAUGGGCGCCGAGGCCACUUUGGCUCUGAUGGAAGCCACCCCGGAGUCCGUGCCGGUGGUCAUCUCUUUGGAUGGCAACCAGGCGGUGCGUGUGCCUCUAAUGGAGUGCGUGGAGCGCACUCAGGCGGUGGCCAAGGCCAUGAAGGAGAAACGCUGGGCGGAUGCUGUCAAGUUGCGUGGCCGCUCCUUCGAGCGUAAUCUGGAGACAUACAAGAUGCUGACGCGAUUGAAGCCACCCAAGGAGUGCUUCGAUGCCGAUGGCAAGGGCAUCGAGGGCUAUCGUCUAGCUGUGAUGCAUAUUGGUGCACCAGCCUGUGGCAUGAAUGCUGCCGUGCGCAGCUUUGUGCGUAAUGCCAUCUACAGGGGCGAUGUGGUCUAUGGCAUUAACGAUGGCGUGGAAGGUCUCAUUGCCGGCAAUGUGCGAGAGCUGGGAUGGUCGGAUGUCUCUGGCUGGGUGGGUCAGGGCGGUGCCUACUUGGGCACUAAACGCACCCUGCCCGAGGGCAAGUUCAAGGAGAUUGCUGCUCGCCUCAAGGAGUUCAAGAUCCAGGGUCUCUUGAUCAUUGGUGGCUUUGAGAGUUAUCAUGCCGCAGGACAGAUUGCCGAUCAGAGGGAUAACUAUCCCCAGUUCUGCAUUCCCAUUGUGGUCAUCCCAUCGACGAUUUCGAACAAUGUCCCGGGCACUGAGUUCUCGCUGGGCUGUGACACCGGUUUGAAUGAGAUCACCGAGAUUUGUGAUCGUAUCCGUCAGUCGGCGCAGGGCACCAAGCGUCGUGUGUUUGUCAUCGAGACAAUGGGCGGUUAUUGCGGUUACUUGGCCACCUUGGCCGGGUUGGCCGGUGGCGCUGAUGCUGCCUAUAUCUAUGAGGAGAAGUUCUCCAUUAAGGAUCUCCAGCAGGAUGUCUAUCACAUGGCCUCCAAGAUGGCCGAGGGCGUCUCCCGCGGUCUGAUUCUGCGCAACGAGAAGGCCAGCGAGAACUACAGCACGGAUUUCAUUUACCGCCUGUACUCGGAGGAGGGCAAGGGUCUGUUCACCUGCCGCAUGAACAUCCUGGGACAUAUGCAACAGGGCGGUUCGCCCACACCCUUCGAUCGCAACAUGGGCACCAAGAUGGCAGCCAAGUGUGUGGACUGGCUGGCCACACAGAUCAAGGCCAAUGUGGAUGCCAAUGGUGUGGUUAACUGCAAGGCACCGGACACUGCCACGCUGCUGGGCAUUGUUUCCCGGCAAUAUCGCUUCUCGCCGCUGGUGGAUCUCAUUGCGGAGACCAACUUUGAUCAGCGCAUCCCCAAGAAGCAAUGGUGGCUGCGCCUGCGUCCCCUGCUGCGAAUCCUGGCCAAGCAUGACUCGGCCUACGAGGAGGAGGGUAUGUACAUCACCGUCGAGGAGGAGUGUGAUACCGAUGCCGUCGCCUAAACAGGGGGGGGAGAAGUCCCUCCUCCCGCUUCCUGCUCCACGCUCCACGCUCUCCCCAUCGCCGCAUCCUCAGGCCCAACGAGUCAUCUUUCUCUCUCUGUUUUUGUUCUCCUACUUUUCCGCACCCUCGAAUCUUGUCUCAAUGUUUGCUUUUUGAGUUGUUUUCUUUGGCACCGCAUCUGCGCUAUAUAUCUUUAUAUAUAUACACUUGUGUAUCCGUAUUCCGUAUCCUUAUUAUGGUUUCACGUUUACGAAACAACGAGGAGGUGUUCCCAUGACAGCAGCAGCAGCAGCACACAUACGAAAGUAUUUCAUCAUGAUGCAUACACACACACACGCACAAAAAAUACAUAAUUUAUUUAUAUAUUUGCCGCCAGUCGAUUUUCUUAUGAUUUUCUCGAAUUUCUCGAACUCGAACUUUUGAAAAGCCGUUAAAAGCCCGUUAAUAGUUGAUUCUACAUUGCAGGUAUGUUAUCUCUCGUACAACAACAAAAUACAACAAAUUAAAUGUUAAAAGUAUUUAAAAAAAAAAAACAACAAAACCGAAAAUACGGUUCAAUAAUUCUCUUAUCUGCAAGUGUUUUUCGAGUAUUGUUAUCGAACGAACUAUAUUUAUAUAUCGUGACGUGCUAAAAAAUACAUAAUCAAAGGACCUGUAGGCACCAAUUUAA